AUGUCGCGCGAGUCUUCGCCAGCGUCCUCGCUCGACUUUAUGAACUCGGACGAGUCCGAGGACGAGUAUGCCGAGCUUCGUAAGAAGCAGCUGGCCAAGCAGAGGCCGAAGAAGGCAGCUGCGCCAAGGACGGUGCCCAAGAUCAAUCUCACAGCACUGCAGCGCGCGGCGGCGGCGCAUCCUACAGAGGGACAGUUUGACAGUGACGCUGAGGGCGAGGAUUCAGGGUUCCUCGGCCGGCUGGGCGGUAGCAUCGACCUCUCUAAGCAGCAGCUGAAGCCGGACCACGCUGCGCGGCCGUUGUGGAUUGAUGAGACUGGCAACAUUAUCCUGGAAGCGUUCUCACCUCUUGCGAACGCUGCGCAGGACUUCCUCGUCGCCAUUGCGGAGCCGGUCUCGCGUCCCGACUUGAUGCACGAGUACCGCAUCACCAAGCCGUCGCUGCAUGCCGCUAUGAGUGUCGGUCUCGAGACAAACGACAUUAUCGAAGUGCUCCGUCGUCUGUCCAAGAUCCCACUACCCGGGGCACUCGUGGGCCGCAUCCGCAAGUGGACGGCGAGUUACGGUAAAAUCAAGCUCGUUCUCAAGCACAAUCGCUAUUAUCUCGAGUCGAGCGUGCCCGAGUACCUUCAGCGCCUGCUCAAGGACGAGGUUAUUAAGACAUGCCGUGUGCAUCGCGACGAAGAGCAGAGCGACAUGACCUUUGGUGUUGAGCAGGGGUCCAAGCCGAAGCGCGACUACAUGAUUCCUGGUACCACAGAGGCGCGGCGCGCUGCUGGACAAACCGUGGAGGAGACGAACGCCAACGCCGACGAUGAUGUGAUCGGUGCGGUCAUUGGCAUCAACGAGACCGACGAGCUGGAUGAAGAGGACGCUGUCCAGUCGUUCGAAGUAGCUGGUGACCGCAUCGAGGAGGUGCGCCGUCGCUGCAAGGACAUCGACUUGCCCGCACUGGAGGAGUACGACUUCCGCAACGACUCGGUGAACCCCAACCUCGAUAUGCAGCUGAAGCCCAUGACUGUCAUCCGCCCGUACCAGGAGACGUCGCUCUCCAAAAUGUUCGGUAACGGCCGCGCCCGUUCAGGCAUCAUCGUCCUGCCAUGCGGCGCGGGCAAGACGCUCGUCGGCAUCACCGCGGCGUGCACGAUUCGCAAGAGCACCCUCGUGCUCUGCACCUCUGCCGUGUCAGUCGCGCAGUGGAAGCAACAGUUCAUCCAAUUCUCGAACAUUAGCGAGCGCCAAAUCUGCGCCUUCACUCGCGACGAGAAGGAAAUCUUCCAGGGGCCGGCCGGCGUCGUUGUCUCGACGUACUCCAUGAUUGCUAAGACGGGUAAGCGUGCACAUGACGCUCAGAAGGUCAUGGACUGGCUCAAGACGCUGGAAUGGGGCUUCCUUUUGCUUGACGAGGUGCACGUCGUUCCCGCCGACAUGUUCCGCAAGUGCGUGAGCAACUUCAAGGUGCACGCCAAGCUUGGCCUCACGGCGACGCUGGUGCGGGAGGACGACAAGAUCGGUGACCUGGGCUACCUCAUCGGACCAAAGCUGUACGAGGCCAACUGGAAGGACCUCACGCGCCACGGACACAUUGCGGCGGUGCAGUGCUCGGAGGUGUGGUGCCCAAUGACGCCCGAGUUCUACCGCGAGUACCUGCGCAACCCAAGCCGCAAGCGUAUCUUACUGCACGCGAUGAACCCCAACAAGAUGCAGGCGGCACAGUUCCUCAUCAACUUCCACGAGAAGCGCGGCGACAAGGUCAUUGCCUUCUCGGAUAACGUUUAUGCGCUGGAGGCGUAUGCCAAAAAGCUGGGCAAGGCGUUCAUCCACGGCAGCACCCCUGAGGGCGAGCGCCUGCGCAUUCUGUCUCGUUUCCAGAUGGACCCGAGCAUGAACACGAUCUUCCUGUCGAAGGUCGGCGACACGUCAAUCGACCUACCUGAGGCUUCGGUUCUCAUCCAGAUCUCGAGUCACUUCGGCUCGCGCCGCCAGGAAGCACAGCGCCUCGGCCGCAUCCUCCGUGCCAAGCGGCGUAACGAGGAAGGCUUCAGUGCCUUCUUUUACUCGCUCGUUUCCAAGGACACGCAGGAGAUGUACUACAGCACCAAGCGCCAGGCGUUCUUGGUUGACCAGGGCUACGAGUUCCGCGUCAUCACCGAGCUCCACGGUAUCGAGAAGAUGGACGGGCUGGUGUACCGCACCAAGGCGAGCCAGAUCGAGUUACUCGAGUCGGUGCUCAAUUCGAGCCCAGACAAGUGGGAGACCGCAGACAACUACGGCCGCCUACAUGGCGGUAAGCACCAGAAGCUUCCUGCGUCUGCCCAGCCAAAGAACCUCACGAAUGCGGGUGGGGCUGGUCCAGCACAGCGCUUCGCUGCUCCGCUGGCGCACCUAUCAGGUGGCCAGCACAUGAGCUACCAGGAGCAGAACAAAAGUCUCAAUAAGGACCUUAAUCGUGAGGAGCGGGCCACGAAGAAGCAGCGUGUCACGGGGGGCGGAAGCCACGCUCUCUUCCGCAAGCGCGACGAGCAAAAGGCCGCAGCAAGGAAGCGCCGCGACCAGGGAGAUUAG